AGUCUAGGAUUGACCUAGGAGACCCUAGGACGGAAACCUUAAGGCUAUAGGUGCGUGAGUGACGUGAACCUAUGCGUUGUGGCGGGAGUUGAUUCGAUUGGGUCGAAGUUGAUAGUAUGUCUCUAAUGGGUGUUAGAGAUGGAUUCAAGUGGUAUGAGUUCUUGACUUGAAGUGGUUGUGUUGGGCGGCCGACAACACAACGCUAAGGGUUUAGAACAAGUACACUUGUGUGCUUCCGCCUAAAUUUCGAUGUUGAGUCGUUUUAUGUCGUAAUUGUGCGAGUUUAAUGGGUUAAGUUAAUUAACCCGGUUACUGCGUUGCAGGGACUAAUGUCCCCAAGACGCUACAUGCGCAGAUCUGUUCCGGCACCGUCUUCGGAGGUGUCAGAGCAGGCUGGACCUCCGAUGGCGCCAGAGCCUGCUGGGCCUAGCGAGGUGCAGGAGUUACGAGCGCAAGUUACCGCGCUAACCAGUCAGGUCGAGCGGCUCCAGGAACUUUUGGAGCGGCAGGUGGCGGCAGCAGCCGCGACAGCAGUUGAAGGCCGUGGUCCGCCCGUGCCCUCGGCUCGCGCGCCUAAUGCGGCUGAGGGUGUGGGCAUUGCGGCAGCCCCGGCGGCGGCGCAUUCCCCGCCAGCAAGUGCUCCUCCGGCAGCUUCGGGUUCGGCGAUACCCGAUGUGGCGGCCGAGGAGAUGGAGCGAGAGCGCUCGUUGACGGCUCUUAUCAGACUCAAGAAGUUCAACCCACCAAUUUUUGAAGGGGAGAAAGUGGAGCCGUUGAUGGUGGAGUCAUGGAUUGACUCAAUGGAGACACUUUUUGAGGAUCUCUAUACCUCCGAGAAAGACAAGGGGAAGAAACGACCUGGCGGUAGCUCGAGGGGACAGUCUAGUUCCAAGAAGCCCCCGAAGCAUCCGAGGAGACAGUUCGAGAGCCAGGGAGCUGUGCGAUGUGUGAUCUGUGGUGGGGAGCAUCGCGCAGGAAAUUGUGAGCAUCGGGCGGGGCGAUGUUUCAGGUGUGGUCAGGCGGGGCAUAUGAGCCGUCAGUGUCCAGAGGGAUCGCCGCCUGUCCCGUCUAUUGCAUCCGCCCCAGUGCCCCCGAGGCAGUUUGGUGGAGUUACGCCUACUGCCGUAUCUGCGGGACCUGCGAGGGCGCCGCGUCAGCUCGAGGCGACCCGGUCGGCUCUGAGUGGCCGGGUGUUCGCCGCUCAAGUCGAGGAGCCUGCCGAGUUUGAGGCACACGACGUCAUGGCAGGUAUGAUUUGUUUGAGGCAUAUACAUAUACUCCUGCAUGACAUUGAGUUAGGCGUUGCAUGCAUUUAGCUUAUACUCAUUUACUACUAAUGCACAAGUAUAGUAGGGACCAGGAUAUGAGUCGGUAUAAUUACCUAUGCAUGCAUGAGUUGAGAUGAUGUGUCACCUACCAAAGUAGAUCGGUGGUUGACCGGUGUGUAUAGGCAGUGUUGCCUACUGCUGGGCGUAGUGUGUGACGCUAUAGUGACGUGUGUUGCUCGGGUGAGCGUGUCGUGUGAGACGACGGUUGCGGGUAUUGCUUGAGGACGAUCCGUGCCUGGACCACUCGUGGACUGUGGAGCCUGGGCCUUAUGGACAGGCGCAGUCAGCUGUGGGUGACAGCGACCCCGGGGUAGGGCAGAGAUAGGGUCAGGACGGUAGUCCGAGCUUUAGACCCGGGAACGUGGACUUCCACGUGAUAGAUCGUGGGAUCGAGGAUGCACUGAGAGUGCGGUUGUAGCCCAACCUCAGGAUUUGAAGUGGUUUGGGUCGUGGUUACUUCUGGUUGGAGUGUGUGCGAAUUCUCCAAUGAGAAUUUCGCCCAAUGAUGAUUGGGUCUACGAUCCGAGCGAGAGACGCUAUGCGUAGUUGCGACAGGCUUAGGCGCUAAGCCUACAUAGUAUUUGUGACCGUUGGUCCAUCUGUGGAAGCCGACGUAAUCGGUUCAGCCGAUGACUCUGUGGAUGAGUUGGAGUAAGGAAGUGAAUUCUCGAAAUACGAGAGUUGGACUUCGCUCAAAAUCGACCAAUUGUCGAGUGGGAGUGCUUCGGAAAAGCCGAAGAAGUCAAAUGCACCAAAAGUGCAUUGCAAUGGAGUCCGCGAGAGCAA